AUGCCUCAUAACACCGCUCUACUUGUUGUCGACAUGCAAAUGCACUUUCAGUCGAUGACAAAGACUGCGCUGCCGAACAUUGUCACCUUGUGCGAUUACUUCAUCAGGACCUCAUCGCCGAUCAUCUUCGCGCAGCAUGGUCAUAGCGAAGCCGAGCUGACCACCAACCCUUCUCCCAAUCAACUGGCGCGAAAGUGGGGUGUGUCUGGAUCAAUUGCCGCAGGCUCCGGCGACUGGAAAAUCAUGGACGAGCUGCAAAAGUUCCUACCCGAAUCUGCGGCAGAUCAAGUCAUACCCGUUGGCGAGUCAUUGCCUGAAGCCAGCUCCAAAGUCUUUCCCAAGCUCCUUCCCAAGAACACGUACGAUGCAUUUAUCAACACGACCCUUUCAGCAAUACUGGAGUCGGCUAGGAUCAAUCGUGUGAUAGUCUGCGGAGUCAUGACAGACUGCUGCUGUGAUACGACGGCCCGAAGCGCGUUCAACCGUGGCUAUGAGACAUGGCUAGUAAGCGAUGCGUGUGGGAGUGCUGAUAAGAAACAUCAUGAAGCCGGCAUAUUCGUGGAUUUGGCUUUGCAUUUGGAGAAAUAUUGA